CGUUACUGAUGAUGAUCUACGACCAAAAAGGAAAAAGUAAAAGAAACAGUAACUUCUUACACCAACCACACAAAAUAACGUAAUCCGAUUGUAAAAAGAAGAAGACUUUUCUGCAAAAGAACAUUCUUUCAGACCAGAGACGACUCGCCGGGAAGUGACGUCACCAAUGGGUGCUACAGACCCCAUAAAGGAGAUUGAAGAGAGAGAAAACAGAGAAGAAAAAACAGAGAAGCAUAAGAAGAAGAAGAAACAGAGAGGAGUAAAAGCAGAGGAGGUGGAGGAAGAAGCAGAGGAGUCAAAAGAUAAAGAUGAACUCAAUCAUCAUAGAUUCUUAGCGAGCUUGAACAGAUUAAACCCAACAAACCCUCUUCGUAUCAUCGUUAACAAUGGCGGCGGCGGUAGAUUCACUACUCCGCCGCCUCAGCCACUCCGAUCUUCCUCAAGAGUUCCUCCGCCGAUUCAGACUCCUCCCGUUCGAACUCAACCGCCGGAAGAACCUCAACUUCCACCGUCUCCGUCACCACCGCCGCUUCAACAUCAAUCACGUUCCCUCUUCACACAAACCCCUCAAGAGACUUUGGCGUCACUGAACUCAACAAAGUACACAAACAAGUUCUUUCUCCUCCUCUUCAUGCUUCACAAGAUCGUCGCUAUAGGUUUUGUAUGCUUCCUUGUCUUCAGAGGCGUCCAAGGACUAAUCGGCUCCAACGGCAGCGUCAAAAGGAAAGAGCAACGUAUCCUCAGAUUCCUACUUCCACAAGUGGAAGCUGCUUCUUUGCUAAGCAUCAUACUCGCAUUCUCAUGGCAAAUGGCAAUACGUCUCUGGCCUGAGUUCAUGAUCCACUUCAUUCUCUGGAGUACAUUCUUGAUGUCUCUCUCCUCAGGGAUACUAUUACUCUGUUUCCAGAUGCCAGCAACAGAUGCUGUUGGUGUUGGUCUCAUUGCUUUCUCUAUAGGGAAUGGUUUAUAUGCUUGCUGGGUCACUAGGAGAAUCAAGUUCUGUACCAAGAUAUUGGUUAAGUCUUUAGAGCCAGUUUCAAAGUUCUCUGACUUGAACUUACCAACUUACUACAUGCUAGCUGCUGGUUUCUUCUGGAUGUCACUUUGGAUAUUCGGUGUCAUUGGUGCUUUGAAUUUUUAUUUUCCUCCGCUUGUGAUUAUUGGUUUGGUGUUGAGUUUGGCUUGGACUACGGAAGUGAUGAGGAAUGUUGUUAAUCUAACUGUAAGUAGAGUCAUUGCUCUGUUUUAUCUUAGAGGGAUGCAGUCUAGUACAAGGUUUAGCUUCCAAAGAGCCUUGUCUCGUAACUUGGGGAGUGCGUGUUUGGGAUCUUUGUUUGUUCCAACGAUAGAAGCACUUAGGAUCGUGGCGAGAGGGUUGAAUUUGCUAAAAGGUGAAGAUGAGUUCAUGUUUUGCUGCGCUAAUUGCUGUCUUAAACUCAUGACAUUCAUAUUUGAGCAUGGGAAUGGAUGGGCCUUUGUGCAGAUAGCAGCGUAUGGGAAAGGGUUUGUGAGAGCUUCACAAGACACGUGGAAACUGUUUGAGGAUGUAGAUAUGGUUGAGAUAGUAGAUGCAGACAUAACAAGCUCUAUAUGUUUCCUCACAGGGAUAUGCAGUGGCUGCGUAUGUGUAAUUGUAGCGGCUGCUUGGACACACACAGUUUAUAAGCCUUUUACAGCUACCAUCUCCUUACUUGCCUUCUUCAUUGGUUACCUCAUGACGAGGAUCUCAAUGGCAUUGCCUCACGCAUGCGUGAGUUGCUACUACGCAUGCUAUGCUGAGAAUCCAGAAAGCAGAUUCUUUGACAAAACCAUAAAAGAGAGACAGGCUUUGAUCAAAAAUGGUCGUGUUGUCGUCCACACACCUAGAGUCCGACGUGCUCUAGCCUAGCCUGGCCCUGGCUGCUUACUCUCUUCUUCUUUUUCCUUCCUGCCUAAUUGAAAUGGCUAGGUAUUAAAAAUGUAUUUAAAAUUUGAUAAUUAGUUUAGUAAGAGAAUAGUGUCAAUAACAGUGGGGGUGGGGAAGAAAGAAUGUGGCUCAUGACUUCAUGUCAUACACACAAUCCAACUAAGCAAAGUUAGUUGAGCCUUUUUUUUUUUCCUUCUUUGUUGUUGUUGAAACCAUUCAAUGACCUUCUGUACAUAUAUUUAUUUCUUCAUUAUUUGUUGUUUCCUGUCUGUAUGUUCCUUUCUCAAUUCGGAAAGUAGUUAAUUUAUUUAUAGAUUAGGACAUCAUGCAACUGCGUGGUUAGUAGAUCGUUGAUGUAAUAAAC